UACCCUCUCCCCCUCUACCCUACCCCCGGUCCUCUCGCGGGCCCUCCCCUCCCCUCCACAUGUCAUCAACAAGACCAAAACGCCAGCGUCGUAGCUACUCAUGUGGUCCGUGUAAGACCCUCAAAAUCAAAUGUGAUCUAAACACCCCCUGCAGCGCCUGUCUACGGUUCAAGCGUCAUGACAAAUGUAUCAUGGACCCUCCUCAACCCCCCAGUGCCGAGGAAUUGUCUCGUACUCAAGGUCGUAAGAAGAAGAUCAAGGAGGAGUCUUCUCUGACCAUUCCUCCAAAGGUUGUUCCUCAUGGUGUGUCUUCAAUUGGACUGGCUGUUUCCACUGUUCCUGGCCCUGGCCCUACAAUUCCCGUCCAGCUCUCCCAUCAACAAUUCUCCUCAAUGUACCACAUACCAUACUCCCAUGGCAUUCCCCAGCAUCUGCUCCCUCAGCAUUCUCAGCAUACCAUUUCCCAACACCCUCUCUCCCAGCACUCUCCACAAUACACAGCUCUUGUUGGCAACUAUCCACAUCCACAUCCACCACCACUGCUGCUGCUGCUGCCGCCACCACCACCACCCACCACAAACAGCCCCUACCAUCCCUCCCCUCCAGUCCAGAAUGGCCACUACAUGACCGCAACACAACCCUCUCAUGUCCCCUCGGCUGGUCCGUCCUAUUACCAACGUUUCCCUCCCUCGGGCCAUUCGCCAGCGGGGCCCCCUCCUCCACCUCUCUCUGGUCCAGCCCAUGCCUAUCCUCCUCCUCAUCCUCCUCCUCCUCCUCCUCCUCCUACAAUCCCCGCUGGCCAGGUCCCUUCAGACCACCCCAACCACCCACAUCCCUUUGCCGCGUCGAGAUCCUUCAAGCCCUCCAUCUCCUCAACCUCAUCCUCCGACCCAACCUCUAGACUGUAUGUUGGACCACCAGGCCACCAGAGUCUCCGGGGCCCCUCUUCGGAGUCCACUCCUGACCAUACCCCUGGCCCUAGUCCCCUCCCACUUCCUCUACCUUCUGGUGCUUCCCCUGCUGCGGAUCCCUCCACCGGCCCUGGCCCCCCUACAACCUCCACCACUGGUGCUGCUACUAAAGCGACUGCUACUACGUCUACUUCUGCUGCUCCGUCUACUGCUGCUGCUACUUCUACUUCUACUGCAGUCAAGGGCUCCCCGGUGGGAUCCACAGACUCCCCUUCACGACACUCUGCCACCUCCGACGCCUCCCAAAUCUCAAUCCAAACUCAAGGCCAUAACCACCUCCAUGGCCACCCUACCCUGGGCCCGAACCUCACCUCCACCGUCGAUGGCAUUGUAGGCCCAUCCCUUGACGGUGGCCCCAUGGGCUCCUACCGUGUGCCCUUUGAGAAAAAAACCGCCUUCCCUCCAGACUUUGCCAAUUCUCCUCCUGCCCAUCCAUCCCCUCCAACCCCCAUCACUCAGGCCCAUCAUUCUCAUCAUUACCAUCAUACUCCGCAUCAUGGUCCUCCUUAUUCCCACCCGCUUCCAGCGGUUGAUCCUCUGCCAGUCGAUCCUCCUUCAGUAGAAUCGCUGGCUCCACCUCCACCACCACCACAACAACAACCGCCUCACCCCCACCAACACUCCCACCAACACUCUUCUGGGUACAUGUCUCCGUCUUCCUCGGAGACCACCGCCGGACUGCCAGGGGUAAUCUACCCAAUGAACCUCCCCGAGGUGGCAAUCCUCCGAAAUUGUCUCCCAAGAACAAUCGACCGCGCGGCACGGCUCAUUGACGAGUUCAUCCGCUCACAGCAUCUGCUCCUCAAGGGCUUUGUCGAGGCGCCUCGCAUGAUUGCCUUUGCCGGCGACAUCUACGAGCGCUUGAACCAAGACGACAUUCUGGGGUUGAGUCUUCUGCUUGAAGAGGCGAGAAAUUUGAGCAUGUUGUUGAUGAUUUUCGCCUCGGGGGAGUUGUUUUGUCCUGAGGAUGAACUAGAAACAGAACCAGAAGCUCGUAGAGCUUCUGCUGAAGCUUCUGGAGAUUCUAGAGCUUCUACAGCUUCUGGGAGCAUUCCAGGAGUUCUGGGAGUUCUGGGAGUUUCUACAGCUUCUGGGAGCGUUCCAGGAGUUCUGGGAGCCUCGGGACACUUUCAGAGCGUUUCAGGAGGUUCUAGAGGUCCAGGAGACGUUCAGAGAGCUCUGGGACCUUCUGGGAGCAUUACAAGCAUUCUGGGAGUUCUGGGACCUUCAGGAGCCUCUGGGAGCAUUCCAGGAAUUCUGGGAGCUUCUGGACACAUUCAGACCACUUCUGGGGGUCCUAGAGCUCCAGGAAACACUCAGACCACUUCAGGAGGUUCUAGAGCUCCAGGAGACACUCAGACCACUUCAGGAGGUUCUAGAGCUCCAGGAGACACUCAGACCACUUCAGGGGGUUCUAGAGCUCCAGGGGAUGGUCAGACCACUUCAGGAGGUUCUACACCUUCAGGGAUCAUUCCAGGAGCUCUGGGAACUUCUCCAAAUGAUUAUUCAAAUCGUGGUGGUUCAAGACUCUCUAACCAUCAAAAUUCCUUGUCUACCGUCUUGGAAACUCCAGAAGAACAUCCAAUUGAUCAAGCAACUACUUCAACUAAUUCAACUAAUUCAACAGCACCAACUGCUUCCGCAGCUGGUGCUGGUGCAGCUGGUGCUUCUUCUGUUGCUUCUGCAGCCUCUGCAGCCUUUGGUUACUCAUUCACCCCUGGAAUCCGAGGUGAAGGAGCUCUUCUUUCCCUCUCCACCGGAAUCAAUGCUUCCCCAACCCCACUCCAACCUCCUCCUCCAGCUCUUUCCCAACUCUUAAAUCUGGACCAUCCACCCAUCAAACCACUCCCCAUGAACACUCUAGAACUUUGUGAACUCCGGUUCAUCUCCUCAAAGUAUAUCUCCUUGAGAAUCCUUCGAUUUGAUUCAGUCAAUGAUCUUGUAUUCCUCACAAACUUUUUCUUUUGUGUCAAGAACUAUCUCAAGUACACCGAACAGAUUGAACGUCAUUACAUUGAAUAUAAUCAAAGUCUUCUGUAUGUUUUACUUCUGGAGAAGUUUAUUGAACUCAUUCUGGAAAGAGAAACUUUCCCCGACAAUAAGGAGGCUCUUCGAGCUUGGAUGAGGUUAAGAUCCAUUCAAGUGGAUUAUCCAUACUUUGAGACAAAGGGGACUCUUUUCACCACACCUCAACUUCGUGAUUCAGCUCUCCCACAUCGGAAAUUGGUCAAAUUUGCCUUUGGAGAUGAUGCAGAGGGUGAUUCAUUGUUGGCGUAUUGGUUGGGUCUUUGGAGUGUUUAUUAUAGAAGAGCUGAUCAAUCGUUAUUGGUGAGAGAUGUGGUGAAACUGUACUUGGAGUUGUAUUGUGAUAUGUAUAGUUUGAUGGGGGGUGAGUGUAGGAGGAUGGAAAGGGUUUUAGGAACAGCAACCGGCACCGCAGGUGGCGGUUCUACCGUUAGAGCUGGAGGAGUUUCCGGCACCGCAGGUGGCGGUUCUACCGUUGGAACUGGAGCUGGAGCUUCUGGAAGUUCUUCUAGCAGUUCUAACACCUCUAAAAGUUCAAACUCUCCAAUUUCUAAAGCCCUUCUCAUUUCCCUUGCUAGAAACCAAACGUCACUCUUUCUAUUUGUCCGAUGGUUAGGCUUUGUUCGAGUGGAAGCAACCUAUUAUCCCUCCCUUCGAUUUGCCUCAUAUCUCACCACCAUGGCCAAUUUCUGGAACCAUUUCCUCACGGUUGUCCGCAUAGGUCGUACCAAUGGUUACCAACUGUCUGACGGUACCUACACACCAGCGUCCCAGUUUGACAUCAUCGAACUUCUUCUGCACAAGGUUGGUUACACAAGUAUCCACACCAUUCUCCGGUCAAUGACCAUCCUGGCAGUGUUUCUGGCAUGUCUUGCCAACUUUGCCGGUAAGGAAAUCCACACACAAAGUGAACGACCAUUGAAUGGAUUUGAAAAAAUGUAUGCACCACUCCCAGAACAUAAGAAGGAUGGUACGUUCCGCCCCGUGGAUCUCACGGCACUUUUCCUCCAGACUCUGGAUGAUCUCUCACGUGCCUACGACCUCGUCAACACCCUGCCGUACUUCAACCGGGUGCUCCGGAGACUCCCAUCCAUGGGGAACCCGCUCAGACUCAGUUUCCAGUUCAUGCAGCUCUCCAAGACAUUGUACCGCCUGCUGACGUACCACGGCAAGAUGCGCGACUUUGCCGACGUGCUAGCACAAGCGCUUGACGAUGCCAGUUGGAAGAACUUGGGUGAAAUGCAUUUUGGUCUGACCGAGGGUACCCGGCGGUACGUGGAGAAAGUUUACGAUAUGCUCAACUUUUUGGCGAUUCUGAGAGACGUCCCGGUUCUCAUCAGCAACUCGUUGAAGUUUGACCAGGACUUGAUGGACCAGUAUCGCGGCCAAUUUGCCGGCUUGGCGCUCACAAGAGCGUUGAUUGACGACUACAUGGACGACAUUGCAGGGCCCCAUCUCGAGGCAAGAGAUGAAAGUAAGUGAGCCCCCUCCCGCGGUCUCCUCGUAGAGGAGCUAGGCACCACGCAGUGGCUCUCCCCGAGCAGGGGCCCAGCGGAGCGUCCUACAGUCCCCGCAGGGAUGAGAGUAGUAGAGUACCACCCUCCGGGGG